CGAAGGGAUAGUCGCUGCGGCCGAGUUUCGGGAUGGACAUGAGAUUGAUAGCUGAGGACUGUGAGAGUGAGUAAGCAUGUCAUGUGACCAGGCGGAUGCGCUUGGGCCCAUGACGAAACCUUCGUGUCGUGAACGAAUGUUCGCGCCGUCAUCGUGGACCGUUGACAGUCACCGUGUUGCAUAGUUGCUGAUAGUAUCGACAUUCACAAUGGCCCCAUCAAGAGCUCUCCUUGUCGUCGCCCACCUUCGCCCAUCUCCGCGCCUCCUCCCGGCCGCUCGUCGCACCCUCAGCAAUUGCGCCGAAGCACACCGAUCGCGCCUUUCGCCAGCCCUACGCUCAGGCCCAACGCGUGCCUUCCCCGCGCUGUCGAGGAGAGGCUAUGCAACGGCAGCACCCGAACCGCCGGAUUACCUCAAUGAGGCUGAGCUCCACAUCUUCAACAAGAUUAAGGCCGAGCUGCAGCCCGUAAAACUCGAGGUGCAAGAUAUCAGCGGGGGGUGUGGCUCAAUGUAUGCGCUGCAGAUUGAGAGCGAGAAGUUCAAGGGCUUGAGCGUCAUCAAGCAGCACAAGAUGGUCAAUGAGGUGCUCAAGGAGGAGAUUGCCAGCUGGCAUGGUGUGCAAUUGAGGACCAAGGCU